ACGGGUGGGAAAUUAAUAUUGGAUCUUUAUAUUAGUGAAAAAAAAUGGCGACGGACAGCGUAAACCCAUUUAAUCAAAGCGAUUCCGAGGAGGACUCUGAGCGGAGGCCGGACGGUGCAGAGACCGAAUGCGGACCGAGCGGUCGAAUGCCAGGCCCGGGCUGCGCCCCCUGUUCCCCGCAAGCGGAUUCCGAGCCGGCGGUGCUGGCUCUAUCCAGCAGCAGGACGAGUCCGGGCGUCGAGGGGCUUCCUGUUUUGGCUGUAACCACGGGAGGCAACGCAGAUGCACGGCUGUCAGCGGAUGCGAUAGCCGCUCAGCUGCUGCGGGACCAGUAUGUACUCACGGCCCUUGAGUUCCACACCGAGCUCCUUGAGAGCGGCAGGGAGCUCCCUCGGUUGCGCGAUUACUUCUCGAACCCGGGAAACUUCGAGAGGCAGAGCGGAACUCCUCCCGGCGGAUGCAAGGAGCAAGGGCUUGGUAUAGGAGGGCAGCUUAACCGAGCUGGCAGCAUCAGCACUUUGGAUUCGCUGGAUUUCGCCCGUUACUCUGACGAUGGGAACAGGGAGUCUGACGAACGGCUGGCAGUGCUGGAGUUUGAGCUUCGGAAAGCCAAGGAAACCAUUCACGCUCUGCGCACCAACCUGACCCAGACAGCAGAGAGUGAGGUGCCCUCCCAGGACAGAAAGCACUUCAGAUCACAUCCUGAAGUUCAGGAGCCAAUCCGUCCUCUUGAAAAAAGAGCCCUGAAUUUUCUAGUUAAUGAAUAUUUGUUGAAGAAUAACUACAAGCUGUCGUCCAUCACUUUCUCUGAUGAAAAUGAUGAUCAGGACUUUGAGCUUUGGGACGACGUGGGGCUGAACACGCCGAAGCCCCCGGACCUCCUGCACCUGUUCCGGAACUGCGGCACCAGCUCGCCGUCGCCACGGGACACCAGAGACGUCGCCGUGGGCGUGGAGCCCGACGACCUGCUGGGGAACUCCUUUUCCCAUGAGCCUCUGCAGAAAAUGCAGGCUGAGGUGGCCCAGGAGCUGGAGUACCAGAUCAGCCUCCUGAGCAGUGAGAAGCAGAGCCUCACCGAGCAGAUCAGGAGGCUCCAGAGUGACAUCCAGACCCUGCAGCAGAACAUCUCCAGCCCUCCCACAGCUGGGGGAGGGGCCCCGGGGCAGGGAGGGGCCCCCCCAGCCGGUCCUGCCCCCGUCACGGCCCCGCCGGACAGAGGCCCCGGGGCGACAGACUGCCCGAGGGCCGCCACUCCCCCCGAAACCGCCCCCGCCACAGUCGCCGUGACAACCGACCACCCCCACGCAAACGGAAAGAGCCAGACGGAGCAGAGCAAGGGGCCGCCGCAGUUCGAUAAGCCCAACAGAAACCUCUCUCCGGCGUUUCUCCAGGCGCUUUUGGCAUUCUGUCGAAUGUCCGCAGACAGCCGACUGGGAUCUGAGGUGUCCCGGAUUGCGGACAGCGAGGACAGCGUCAUGUUAAUGCUGGGCCGCUGCCUACCUCACAUCGUCCCCAACGUGCUGCUAGCCAAGCGUGAGAGAAUGGUCACGCACCUGUGUCAGGAGCUGAUCCCCCUCAUCCUGUGCACGGCCUGCCUGCACCCGGAGCCCAGGGAGCGGGACCAGCUGCUGCACAUCCUCUUCAACCUCAUCAAGAGACCGGACGAUGAGCAGAGGCAGAUGAUCCUGACGGGCUGUGUGGCCUUCGCCAGGCACGUGGGGCCCCCCCGCGUGGAGGCCGAGCUCCUCCCCCAGUGCUGGGAGCAGAUCAACCAUAAGUACCCUGAGCGCAGGCUGCUGGUGGCUGAGUCCUGUGGGGCCCUGGCUCCCUAUCUCCCGACGGAGAUCCGCAGCUCGCUGGUGCUGUCCAUGCUGCAGCAGAUGCUGGCGGAGGACAAGGCGGACAUGGUGCGGGAGGCCGUGGUGAGGAGCCUGGGGGUCAGCAUGGGCUACAUCCACGACCCCGACAAGUACAGCCAGGGUUUUGAGCUGAUGCUGCUCUGUCUGGGAGACCCGUCAGGGCGGGUGGUCAACGCCACGCACCAGGUGUUCAUCCCAGCGUUCGCGGCCUGGACCACAGAGCUGGGAUACCUGCAGACACAGCUCCUCCCUUCCCUGCUGGAGCGCAUCGAGGGCCUGCUGCGGGAAGGAGAGACCGUGCUGGACGAACACAAGCUCCACAUAUACCUGUCGGCCCUGCAGUCUCUGACCCCGCCCCUGUUCGCCAGUGUCCUUCAGAACGCCCCCUUCACCAAUCAGACCAGGCUCCAGGGCGAGGCCCCGCCCAUCGAGGUGACGCGGUUCCCCCGCCCGGCCUCCCCCCUCCAGGACAUGACGACGGUGGUGGGCAGCCGGGAGCAGCUGGCGGCCCUCCUGCAGCAGUACGAGCACCAGCUGAACCACGAGGGCACCACCGGCUGGGACAGCCUGCUCUGGGUGGUGAACCAACUGCUGCCGCAGCUCAUCGAGGUCGUGGGCCGCAUGAACGUCACUUCAACAACGUGCGUCCACGAGUUCUCCCGGUUCUUCUGGAGGCUGUGCCGGACGUUCGGGAAAACCUUCACGAACGCAAAGGUGAAGCCCCAGUUCCAGGAAAUACUCCGGCUUUCCGAGGAAAACGUGGACAUGACGGCAAGCAACGACAUCCUGACCAAAGCUACAGUGCCUGUCUAUGCUACGGGGGUCCUGACGUGCUACAAUCAGGAAGAGGACCGCAAGCUUUUAAUGGGCUUCCUGGAGGACGUCAUGACGACCCUGUCUCUGUCGCACGCUCCCUUGGACAGCCUGAAAGCUUCUUUUGUGGAGCUGGGGGCCAAUCCAGCCUAUCACGAGCUGCUCCUCACCGUGCUGUGGUACGGGGUGGUGCACACCUCCGCGCUGGUCAGAUGCACCGCUGCGCGCAUGUUCGAGCUGCUGGUGAAGGGGGUGAACGAGACUCUGGUGGCCCAGCGAGUUGUGCCGGCUCUGAUCACGCUCUCCAGCGAUCCCGAAAUCUCUGUUAGGAUAUCAACAAUACCUGCGUUUGGUACAAUAAUGGAGACAGUAACCCAGAGAGAGUUACAGGAGAGGGUGAAAAUGCAGCUGUCCUCCUUCCUGGAAGACCCCCAGUACCAGGACCAGCAUGCUUUGCACAUGGAGGUCAUCAGGACGUUCGGGCGGGUCGGGCCCAACACGGACCCCAAGUUCAGAGACGAGUUUGUCCUCCCCCAUCUGCACAGGCUGGCCCAGAGCAACAAUGCCCAGACGGCGGAGGGUAAGAGGAUGGACAUCGCCACCCAGCUCUUCGAUGCUUACAGUGCCCUCUCCUGCUGCUUCAUCUCGGAAGAGUGGCUGGUGAUUCACUUCCUGCCAGGCCUGCGAUGUCUAAGAGCAGACAUGGAGCAGUUUUCCUCUGAACAUGAGGUUAUCCUGAGUUCCAUGAUUAAGGAGUGCGAGCGGAGAAUGGAAAACAGGGGUGUCCAGGAACAGCAGGGCUCCAUUUCGAUUGCAGCAAGUCUUGUGAGUGAAGACGCGAAAACGAAGUUCCUCAGUAAAAUGGGUCAGCUGACCACUUCUGGAGCCAUGUUGGCCAAUGUGUUUCAGAGGAAGAAGUGACCCCAUUUUCCCAUCAUCCUCUACUCGGCGCAAGAGCCUUCUACUUGAAGUCAGUUGUCUGCCUUUUUUUUUUUUUUUAAUGUUCGUUUGUGUCUGAUUUAUUUAUGAUUUAUUUAACUUUAUUCUGGCUGACAGGAAUUUGCACUUUGUUUAAUCAUUUCAAAGAGAAUUUGUCUUUUUUUAAUUAUUUUGCCUUUUUUUGUAAAUAUGCACUUCGUACAUAAGAAAUUUGUACAAUUAUUCCCCUGGCCCUGUCUUUGUUUUGCACAGUGCUUCAUGAUUUGUAUGUUUUUCUGUUUUUAUUAAAGCGGUGGGUAAUAUGUGGAAGGAGUUUGAGGUAAAUCAUAAAUCUAAUUGACUGUAUAAUACAUUGGUUUAUUAGGCGGUAUGAUAUAAUGUACAUUUCAAUUCCAUGUCAUGAAGUAAUAAAAGUGAAGAACUUGUGUAUUUAAAGAA